CCACCCAGAGGCUGUUGACACAGACCAAAAAUACAGAAUAAAACAUAAUUAUACCCCCUGUUGUGCCUGUGUUCGUGAUGCGCGUAGAUGGUCAAGUGUCGCGAGAUGCUACUCCACCUGUCCUCGACGAAAAAGGAGAAAAAACUCGAGUGCUUUGAGUACAAUGCUGGCUGGUGACAAGCGCAAAGGGGGAAUGAUUGCCGGCAUUCUGAUUGUAUUCUAAUUCCAGUCAUUCCAACGACGAUAAUCGACACGGGAAGUGGGUAAGAACGUGUAAUCAGUUUGUUCGAGGCGAGAUGGCAUCGCUCAGUGGAUUCAUCGAGUUCUUCCAGAAGGGAAAGGUGAAUACAUUCAGACCGAAGAAAAAGUUCACUCAUGGAACUUUGCGGUAUUCGCUCUAUAAACAGGCCCAGGCAUCGUUGAAUUCGGGGAUCAAUCUUCGCGCGGCUGUUAAAUUGCCACCUGGAGAGGAUAUGAAUGAUUGGAUCGCAGUGCAUGUCGUAGAUUUCUUCAACAGGAUAAACCUGAUUUAUGGAACGAUAUCUGAAUACUGCGACUCUGCGUCGUGUCCCACGAUGAGUGGAGGCGCGAGAUUCGAGUAUUUGUGGGCCGAUGGUGAAAAGUAUAAGAAACCCACUGCCCUUCCGGCUCCACAGUACGUGAGCCUUUUGAUGGAUUGGAUAGAGACACAGAUCAAUAACGAAAAUGUCUUUCCUGUCUCCACGGAUAUUCCCUUUCCCAAGACCUUCAUCGGUCUGUGUAAAAAAAUUCUCACUCGAUUGUUUCGGGUAUUUGUUCAUGUGUACAUUCAUCACUUCGAUAGAAUCGUGGCGAUUGGGGCGGAAGCCCACGUGAAUACGUGCUACAAACACUUCUACUACUUCGUGACUGAGUUCGAGCUGAUAAAUGUGAAAGAACUCGAGCCACUAUCUGAAAUGACGUCCAAAGUGUGCAAAGAUACGACGGCGCCUUCAAGCACACCCUCCAAUAGUCAAUCGAGAUAGUCAACUUAGGAUAGAAUAAACGAUCUAAUGAUUCCAGUGAAUGAAAUCAAUUGACAUAUUCAAAUCUCCAAUUUUUCAAGUUUUCUACAUUUGAAAAUAUCUCUGUCAACUACUCUCUGCACAUUGCAUAUACUUAAUUCAUCUAGUCAUUUACACCAAGACAAUUGUUCAUUAUUUGUGUUUGUCAUCGAUAAUAAAAAUUAAAAAGACAGAACAGAAAAAUAAAAACGACGAAUUGUAUAUUUUUCA